UUUGUAUUAUUUUUCAGACGAAAGACAACGGAGAUUCAAUUUUGAAUUUUCAGCUUGACGGAAAAAUACAGCGAGAAAUAAGUUCAAAAUGAAGACUGCUCUUUUUGGGUUGUGCAUUUUCGCUGCUAUUGCGAUGAUCCACGGAAUGCCGGCAUCAGGACAAGAUGGCAACGAUGAACCUCCGUGUUUGAUUCCGAUCCCGAUGAUCUACGCCCCUGUGUGCGGUUCUGAUGGAGAAGUGUACAGCAACUCAUACCAACUCGAAGCUCAAAACACCUGCUACGGCAAAAACAUCAAGGUCGUCGAUUCUUCAAGAUGCCGCAACUUUCCCGACGUAUACGGAAGAUGAGAAUUUGCACCAAUCAGCAUCGACGUAUGAAUUCACGACCGAAUAUAAACAGUAUAUAUAUGCAGGAACAUCUCGCUCAUAUUUUCGGGAACCGCGAACGGAAACCGGCAUUCGUAAAAGAGGACAGUAUUACAAAUAUUAAUAAAAGGUUUCAAUGUGGUACAGUA